CACGGUGCACCUGCAAAAUCUGCUGGCAUGGCGGCGGCCGGCGGGGGACGGCUGGGGAGGCAGUGGCAGGCGCGGGGCAGCAGCAACAAGCAGACGCAGCGGACCAUCAACAGCAUCAUGAUCACCCUGCUCGCCACCUUCAUCGCCCUCCUCGUCCUCCGCGGCACCAUCGGCAUCGGCCGCCUCGCCUACAGCUGCGUCGUCGUCGCUGGCUCCGACGGCGCAGUGGCCGACGCCGGGAUCGUCGAGGACAUCGAGCGCGUCCGCCGCGAGAUCGGCUCCGACUCCGACCCUGAAGACGAUGACGCAGCGUCCAGCUCGGCCACGCAGUACUACGACCACGGCAAUGCCUGGUCGACGACGAACUACAGCCUCGGCCCCAGGGUCACGCGCUGGAACGCCAAGCGCCGGCAGUGGCUGUACCGGAACCCGGGGUUCCCGUCCCGCGACGCGAGCGGCAACCCGCGGACCCUGCUUGUCACCGGUUCGCCGCCGGGGCCCUGCGACAACCCCAUCGGCGACCACUACCUGCUCAAGGCCACCAAGAACAAGAUCGACUACUGCCGCCUCCACGGAAUCGAGAUCGUGCACAACAUGGCUCACCUGGACCCCGAGCUCGCCGGUUGCUGGUCCAAUAUCCCGCUGCUGCGCCGGCUGAUGCUGGCGCACCCGGAGGUGGAGUGGGUGCGGUGGAUGGACAGCGACGCGCUCUUCACAGACAUGGGCUUCGAGCUCCCGCUCGAGCGCUACGUGGGAAGCAACCUCAUCAUACACGCCCACCACGACCUCGUCUUCAAGAAGCGCUCCUGGGUCGCCCUCAACACCGGCAGCUUCCUUCUCCGCAACUGCCAGUGGUCGCUGGAGCUUCUCGACGGCUGGGCCACAAUGGGGCCGAAAGGCCGCACCCGCGACGAGGCCGGGAAGCUACUGACGGCGAUCCUGAAGGGCCGGCCGGCGUUCGAGGCCGACGACCAGUCCACGUUCAUGUAUUAG